AUGGACAGUAACAGCAUAUUAAGACUUUUAAUUGAGGAUGAUGAGUUGGAUUUGUUAUUUGAUGAGAAUCAGUACAUGUGUGCUCUUUUGGAGGAGAUGGGUGGAGCAACAGAAGCUGGUGCUGAUAGGCAAUUAGUCAGGACAAACCGAGGUGAAGGUUGGCGACGUGUGCAACGUUUUAUGAACGGGUCUGAGGUACAAUGCUAUGAGAUUCUACGCAUGAACCAGGAAACAUUUAAGAGUUUGUGUAAGGUGCUAUCAGAAAAGUAUGGGUUAAAGGAGACUCACAAUGUUUACGUUGAGGAGAGUGUUGCAAUGUUCUUAGAGACGGUCGGACAAGACGCAACUGUACGGGCUAUAUCAGAGCAUUAUCAGCAUUCAAUUGACACUGUGAAAAAGAAGUUAGAACAGGUAUUAAGUUCUCUCUUGAAGCUUGCAUCAGACAUUGUGAAACCGACUAGGAAUGAGUUUGCAACUGCUAGUCCUUUUCUAGAAGGUAAACCACAGUAUUGGCCUUACUUUAAGAACUGCAUAGGUGCUUUAGAUGGAACUCAUAUUGCUGUCCGUCCACCAUCUGGGAAUAGUGAGCCAUUUAGAGGUAGAAAAGGUGAACCAACCAUGAAUGUGCUGGCUAUUUGUAAUUUUGACAUGAGGUUCAUCUACGCUUAUGUUGGAGUUCCCGGGAGAGCACAUGACACGAAGGUGCUAACAUACUGUGCUACUGAAGAAGCUUCUUUUCCUCACCCACCAGCUGGAAAAUACUACUUGGUCGACUCAGGUUACCCAACCAGAACUGGUUACUUAGGUCCUCAUCGCAAGACUAGAUACCAUAUAGAUCAGUUCAACAGAGGAGGUCCACCAUCAAACACUAGGGAAUUGUUCAACCGCAAGCACUCCGGUUUAAGAUCAAUGAUUGAGAGGACUUUUGGUGUUUGGAAAGCCAAGUGGAGAGUUUUAGACAGAAAGCAUCCCAAGUAUGAGUUGAAGAAAUGGAUAAAGAUUGUGACAGCAACCAUGGCCCUCCACAACUUUAUUCGAGAUUCACAGCAUGGAGAUACUGAUUUUUCUUAUUGGGAAGGAGUGGAAUCAUAUGAACAGCAUGGUGAUGAUCAAGAAGAGCAUGUUGGAUACAUUCCGCAGGGUGAUAGACUGAUGGAGAGUGUGCGUCACUGUAUUACUAUGGAGAUGGCAAGAGGAACUAGACUUUCAUACUAG